AUGGCGUAUAACUCAACACAUAUACAGACAAAUCAAUUAAUAUUUUUACAGCUAUUGUCGUCAAUCAUCGCAUUCAUAGUGAUAUAUAUGACAAUAUUUGGCAAUCUAUUGGUUAUUAUAGCUAUUUGGAGGACACCUAAACUUCGGCUAAAAUCCAAUUAUCUGAUACUAUCGAUGAGUGUAACCGAUCUGAUAUGCGGUUCAAUAAUAUUGCCUUUUGUUUCCUAUGUCUAUAUCCAUGAUCUCAUGGAUUGGACUACCGGUGCGUUUAUGUGUCAAUUUGUUACAGCAGUCAUAUCGGUUUGUGCUACGGCUUCGUCCAAUCAUCUACUGUUCAUAGCCAUCGAUCGGUAUCUAUCGGUACAUCGACUAGAGUAUUCCCGAUCGGCCAACAAGUGGCCAAUUGUCGGCAUGAUUGCCGUAUCGUGGAUUUUGCCACUGAUUAUCAAUAUUUAUCUGACAAUCGGUAUCAACGAUAACAAAAUGUUUGCCAAACAAAUAGCCAAUCAAUUAUGUUUGGCAUUCAGUGGUGAACUACACUAUAAGUUAAUGACAUUAAUUGAAAAUAUUGUACCGUUUGCUAUCAUUUCGUGGGCUUAUUAUAGGAUUUUUCAGAAAUCACACGAAUAUCGUAAAAAAUAUGAUGAAAAACAUCGGCCAAUAGUAGUAGUGGCCGACAAUUUGCCGGACACUAAUCAUCCGCACAAACACCAGCUCAUUAUGCGCCGGGAGUUUCGUGUGGCCAAAACAGUGGCCAUUAUUACCGUAGUCUACUGUCUAUUUACGAUGCCAUUCACAAUUAAUCCAAUAAUCUAUACACUAUUUAAUCGGGAGUUUCGUCAAGCAUUUAAAACAAUUGUGAGGACACCUAAACUUAGACGUUUAAAAUCCAAUUAUCUAAUACUAUCGCUUAGUAUAACCGAUUUGAUUAUCGGUUUUACGGCACUACCGUUUAGCUCGUAUUUUGUUAUCAUAGAUCUGAUGCAUUGGACAACCGGUAGUUUUAUGUGUUAUUUUAUUAGUUCGGUAGUACUGGUCUGCGGCAGUGCAUCGGUCAAUCAUUUGGUAUUUAUUUCGAUUGAUAGAUAUCUAUCGGUUAGCCGAUUGAACUAUUCAAAGUCGGCAAACAAGUGGCCAAUAGUAGGUAUGAUAGUGUUUUCGUGGUCGUGGCCAUUGGUAGCCAACAUAUAUCCGACCAUUGGAUUUCAUGAUAGCCGUAUGCAAGAGGAAUUGAUGGCCAAACAGUUAUGUUUGCCAUUCAGUGAGGAACUACACUAUAAAAUAUUGACAUCCAUAGAGGUUAUCAUACCGUUUACAAUUAUGACCUGGGCUUAUUAUAUGAUCUAUAAGGUAUGUAUGAUGAUGAUGGUGAUUUAA